AUGGGACCAUACGGUAGAAGCGAAAGAAGACCUUCAAUGGCCGAAAGAAGACCCAGUGUGUCGUAUACUCCACCCUCUAUCCCACAUUUAGCAGGGUUGGAGAAACCGCAGGACCCCCACUUGAAACUAGACCAUUGCGACGUACUCAUUUUGGGAACAGGCUUGGUGGAGAGUAUACUCGCAGCCUCUUUGAGUUGGGCCGGUGUUGAAGUGUUGCACAUUGACCAGAACAAAUACUAUGGUGAUCUGGCUUCCACGUUAACUGUGGAGCAAAUAAAGAAAUGGGUCAUGGAAGUGAACCAAGGAAGAAUCAACCAUUUCCAAGAAGCACAACUAUAUGUUCCUGGAGGAUCCCAAACCAAUAAUUUUUGUUCUAAAGAUUAUGGAAUCGACUUGACUCCGAAAAUCAUGUUUGCCAAGUCCGAUCUAUUGGCUCUUUUAGUGAAGUCCAGAGUGUAUCGUUAUUUGGAGUUCCAAAGCUUGUCCAACUUCCAUGUGUUUGAAAAUGGUCAAUUCAAUAGGAAAGUCUCUAACACCACCAAACAAGAUUUAUUCACAGACCAAAGAUUAAGCUUGACAGAUAAAAGGUAUCUCAUGAAGUUCUUGAAGUUCGCCCUUAUAGACAUACAAGACGAAGAAAAGAACAAGUUGAUCUGGGAUAAUGCAAAGACUCCCAUAGGGGAAUUUCUUAAACACCAAUUCAAAUUGGCUGAGCCUCAAAUAAACGAAUUGGUGUAUUCAAUUGCAUUGUGUUCCAAGGAACUGACCAAAGCUCCUGAAGCAAUGGCCAGAAUAAGAAGAUAUCUUACGUCUGUUGAUGUUUAUGGGCCCUUCCCCGUGAUGAUGCUGAAGUUUGGAGGCCCAGGUGAAAUCUCUCAAGGGUUUUGUAGAAGUGCUGCAGUAGCCGGAACUACUUAUAAAUUGGAUACCAGAUUAAUUGAUUAUGAUCAAGACAAAAUGAUAGCCAGAUUCUCCGACGGGUCAUCUGUUAAGAUCAAAGAGAAAUUAAUCAUAUCUCCAACGCAAAUCCCUCCCUUCUUGAGAGCUCAAUAUGAAAACGAAGUCGUCAAGGACUUACAGGAGUUUUAUGUGACAAGAUUGACGGCCAUCAUCAAGAGAGAUUGUCAUCAGUGGACCAGCGAUCACGAGACUUCGGCCAUAGUGGUGUUCCCUCCUCAUUCCUUGCCCACAGAUAAUAACGAGAGUGUUCAGGUAAUCAUUCAGAACGGUGGCUCGGGCAUUUGUCCCGUGGGUGAGUCGAUUUGGUAUGCUCAACUGAUUGAACAGGAUUUGAGUCGAGCAAAAUUAGAUCUCCAACUGGCAUUGGAUAAAAUGCAGAUGACUAUUUUGAAAGAAGAAGAAGAAGAAGAAGAAAUAGACGAGCAACCACAGCAGUCAUCAAUAGACGCCGCAAUGGACGACGUUGAUUAUGAUGAUAACUUGUUGAAACCAACAGAUAUGAUAAUGAAUAGUGGCGUAACCCCACCAUCCCCACAGAUAGUGUCUAGCUCAUUCAAAUUGGGCGAUGAACUAAAUUCGUUUACUCCAAAGAAACCUCUAGACUUUGUUUGUAAGUUGGGGUACGUUCAAAAGACUUACAUCAAGCCUAACUUGGUCAAUGUGCUUCUAAAUGCCAACGAAUCAAAUAACAUCAUUUACAAAACACUAGCCAAGAAUCCCAAUGUCAUCUUCUCCAAUAUGCCAUCAGCAGAAUUAAGUUAUGAUGGAGUAGUCAGUGAAACCAAGGGUCUAUUUUCCCGAGUCACUGGUUCCGACGAGGAUUUCUUUGAUGUCGACUUUGAAGAUGACGAGGAGUUUGGGGAUGACGAUGAUGACACUCCGGCUCAUCCAAAUGCUUCAAUUAUUGGUAAUGGCGAUCUUCUGUCACAGGUACCUCCUGAGAAUGCCAUUGAGAGUGAUGACGAAGAUGACGAUGAUAAACACCAUAAUGACCACCAUCAUCACCCCUUUGAUGUGGAUCAGAUGGAACUAUGA